AUGUUGCGAUUCGUCGCAAUUUUGCAAUUGGCACUACUACUUUUUUUAUUGGAAACAAGUGUCUAUGGCGAUGAAGGAAAAUGUACAAUCCGACCUUACGAGGCAAAAGGAGAAGAAAGUCCAGGAAGUAAUGGAUAUUUGGUUGAAAUCAAUGGAACUUCUGCAAAAUCAAUGGAUAUCACCAAAGGAUUCGUUCCGGGAGAAGUAUACAAAGGUAAUAUUUUCAUCCACUUUUACCUAGACAGACUAUUAUUAUUAUUUAUAGUUUCUAUCCGUGGCUGGAGAACCCAAUAUACAGUCAAAACGUUCCGUGGUUUUGUUAUCUCAUCACUUUUCGAAGAUAAUACAUCUGCUGGCUCUUGGGAGGUUGUCAAAGGACAUGGAGAUGCCAGAAUCUCUCCAGGAUGUCGACGUGCUGGAGUAUCACACGCUAAUCUCAAAUCAAAAACUUCCGUUCACAUGAUGUGGAGGGCUCCGGAAGUAGGUCAACACUCCAAUCUUUCCUUUCAUCAUUUAAUAUUUUCUUUAAAGGUUUCAUCUGGAUGUGUUAUGUUCCGUGCAUCGGUUAUCGAAACGAAAUAUGUUUGGUUCACAGAAUCAGAAGGUCUCACUAUGAGAUUUUGUGUUCAACAAGGAACACAGGUUUUGAAACCAGUUGAUGACCCGUCGGCUACAUGUUGUGCGUGUGAUAUUGCUCAAUACGAUUUGGAAUUCACAGGGAUUUGGAGUAAAACUACACAUCCAAAGGACUAUCCAACAUUAGAACAUCUGACUCAUUUCACUGAUAUGCUUGGUUCUUCACAUUCUUCCAACUAUUCUUUAUGGGAAAUUGGGGGAAUUUCAACUGACGGAAUGAAAGAAAUCGCUGAAUGGGGAAACACUUACAAGGCUGAAGCAGAAGCGAAAGCUAAAGCCUCUGAAGUCAGAAGUCUCAUGAAGGUCAAGGGUCUCUGGUUUCCUGAUGUUCAAGGAACAACCAAGUCGCAGUUUGUGGUGAAUAAAUACCACCACUUUGUUUCCCUUGCCACUAUGUUUGGUCCAUCGCCCGAUUGGUGUGUCGGUCUUUCUUCCGUUAAUUUAUGUCUUCCUGAUUGCACUUGGGUAGAAGAACGAACAUUCGAACUGCAACCUUUCGAUGCUGGAACGGACUCUGGACCAACUUAUAUGAGCCCUAACGAGCCGACAGAGCCACGUGAGCCAAUCCAUUGGAUCACCACAAAACUCAACCCAUUGAGCCCCUUUUACAACACAAACUCGGAUAAGAUUCCAACGUUGGCAAAAGUGAUUCUGAGGAGAAAGAAUUUAACCUCUUCUGAAUGUAAAUCAGAUGACGUUUAUAAAGCAGAAGCUCAUAAUAUCACGAAUACCAGUGAAGAUGAGGAGUACAAAGAUAGAAGAGAAUGCAUGAUGACACAAUGGGAACCAUGGAGUUUGUGUUCAGCAACUUGUGGAAAAGGAAUCAGAAUUCGGAGUCGUGUUUAUGUUUUUCCAAUCAAAGCUCAAGUUUUCCAUUGCCAUAGACAAACUUCCGAGAAGCAAUUCUGCAAUGCCAAGAUCAAUGAAUGUGAAAAUUCCGAAGCAUUCAGCUCGAAGUGCCAAGUCAGUUCAUGGGGAGCUUGGGGUGAAUGCAGUGUCCAGUGUGGGCAUGGAAUGAGAAGUCGUAAUCGAACAUUCUUGAAUCCAGCUACAAAACCUGGAGAUUGUAGUGUAGAACUGGAACGCAAAGAUAUUUGUGUUGGAGAGAAUGGAGAUGACUGUAAUGUGACUCCGGAUCCGUUGUGCAAAACGACUACUUGGUCGGAUUGGUCUCCAUGUUCCGCGUCGUGUGAUGAGGGAGUUCGUGUUAGAACUAGAUUGUUUUUCUAUGCGGAACACGAAAAACGGUGCAUGCAUGUGAAUUUACAAGAAAAGGAUACUUGUGUGAUGCAGUCUUGUCGACGAUUCAUUGAAAUCAAUUCGGAAGAGAUCUGCCAAGAAGAGAAACAAGCUGGACAAUGUGGAGGAAGCUUCCCUCGAUACUGGUACAAUCAUGAAAAGUCACAAUGUGAACGAUUCAUUUUCACUGGAUGCAAGGGAAACAGAAAUCAGUUUGAGACAGAGGAAGAAUGCAAACAAAUUUGUCUACCAGGAUACGAGAAAACGAAAUCUCUGAUUCCAAAUAACCAACUGCUUGAAGAUUUCGGCAAUGCUGAUAUCGACGAUGGUGGCGAGAGAGCAGAUUGUGAAGUAUCGAAAUGGUCAGCUUGGGGAUCCUGCUCGGUGAGCUGCGGUCGUGGAAAGAAAACAAGAAGCAGGCAUGUUGUGAAAUUGGCGAGAAACGGAGGAAGCCAAUGUUCCGAGCAUCUGAUGCAAGAGUUGCAGUGCAGAUUGAGGCCUUGUCCGGUAAAGCUAACGUGCCAAGUGGGUCCUUGGUCGCGUUGGUCUCCCUGUUCAGUUUCGUGUGGAGAAGGAUCUCAAACGAGAAGACGACGAGUGAUACGAGCUAGAAAUGACGAUUGGGAAGAAAUCGAGUGUGACGAGGCGGAGACUGAAGUCCGACAGUGCACGGGUCGUCAUCAAUGUUGA